CAAACCAACAGCAGAGACAUAAUGCCUCUGACUCUGCUGCUUUUCUUUCCCAUGCUGAGCCCUGCACUGGCAUGGCUUCCAGUGGAGGAUUGGGAAUCAGGAAAUGUAACCACAUCUGGUGGAGGACUGGAGUGUGUUUGCAGUGUGUUCCUGCCUGACAGCAGCUUCCCUGCCAACCCAGUGCAACACAUGCAGCAAGUUACCACAGACCUGAGGCUGGAGGUGCAAAUUCAGAUAAACAAGCUUGUCCACUAUGAGGGCAAACUGGAUAUCUUCCUUGCAGAACUGAAGGACCUGACUGUUAGA